AUGUCGACUCAUCAGGACAACACCGAUGCUGCAUCGAUUGGUGAGAAGCAAGAUGGCAAGAUUUUGGAGACCUCUCUUGACCACGUCCCAAGCCGUGCCAACGGAACAGUCGCCACCAUCGACGGUAUCGAUCCUGCAACUCUGCAUAACGAUGAAGUGAUCACUCGAGCAAUUCAAGCCAUUGGCUUCGGCAAGUUCCAAUGGCAGCUUACCUUCUCCUGUGGUUUCGGCUUCCUAGUCGACCAGAUGGUCCUUGUCUCGAUCAGUCUUGUUACACCUCAGGCUGCCAUGGAAUUCGGCCCCCGAUAUGCAACCCUCCUAUCUGUGCCUUCUUAUGCUGGCUUACUCAUCGGUGCUUUGUUUCUUGGUACACUAGCCGAUAACUUUGGCCGCAGACUAGUCUGGCAGGCGUCUAUCUUUGGAUGCUCUAUCAUGACUGCCAUUGCUGCUGGUUCUCCGAAUUGGGCUGCUUUGAACGUAUUCAUCGCUUUGAUCGGCUUGUUUGCUGGUGGCAACCUUGCGAUCGACUUGACACUCCUAGCGGAAGCUAUUCCUCAAGAAUGGUCUUUCAUCCUAUCAAGUCUCGCUGGGAUCUGGGGCUUCGGAAACGCUGUCACAGGCCUGAUCGCCUGGCCUCUGCUUGUCAACUUCGGAUGUCCCAGCGGCUCCACUCCCGAGACCUGCAGCCGCAGCGACAACAUGGGCUGGCGUUACCUCUACAUCACUCUCGGUGGACUCUGUCUCGUCAUGUCACUUAUCCGAGCUUUCGUCCUACGGUCACUUGAAUCACCAAGAUGGCUCGUCUCUUGUGGAAGGAUGCAAGAGGCUGCGGAGGUUAUUAACCAUAUCAGCAGGAUGAACAAGUCUGAUUAUCAUGUCACUGGGGAUAAUUUCCUCCAGCCGGAACAAGAGCAGGCCGAUGGCGAGGUUAGGUCUUGGCGUGCGAAUAUUGUUCGCGCUUCGAGACUUUUCUCUGGUGCUAAGCAGAUACGACUGAUGGUCGGUCUCAUCAUGAUCUGGGCACUCAUUGGCAUUGCGUAA